AUGCCCCUUACAAUCCUCUCCCGAUCGAACCUCCACGAGCUCCUGCAGUCUCUCACCGGUGACGAGAUUCGCACCCUCCAAAGUCACCUUUCCGAGGCGCUACGUGAAUAUUCUACUGGUUCCCAGGAUAAAGGUUGUUCGGCUACCUACCAACCACAGCGAACAGCCAUCACACGCCAAAAUGGGUGCACCACUUUAUUCAUGCCCGCCACCACCGGCAAAACCUUGGGCAUCAAGAUGAUAUCCCUCCAGGACGGAGAUAAGGCGGGCUGUGCAGUGGAGCGAAGUGGCUAUGAAGGCAACGAAAGCGACACCGGCUCCAGCACCCGACGAAGGGCCUCCGCACGAAACUCCGUGGCCUCACUUUCCUCCGAAAUGAGCGAUCUGUCCGUUGGCUCCUCGCUAGAAGAUGGUGGUUCUGUGAGCCCCACGGCCACCAAAGAUAGCGGGGGCGAUAGCACCGAUAGCUCGACUCUUCUCACGGGCUGCGUAAAUCAGCAGUCCGUCAUCUCCAACACUCUUGGCGCUUGGCCCGGAGCGGGGACCCGCGACACCUCGCCGCGGGGCAGUGUAACCCUCCUCGACGGGGAAAGUCUCCCAUUCGCCCUAAUCAACGCGCACGAACUCACAGCCUUCCGCACCGCGCUGGCCUCGCUGAUGAUCUUUAACAAGCGCAAGAAGGUGCGCACGAUUUUGGUCUUUGGCGCCGGUACGCAGGCUUACUGGCAUAUUCGGCUGGCAUUGACUCUGCGCGGCGACGAGAUUCGUCGCGUUUAUAUCGUGAACAGAUCUUUUGAUCGUGCCGCCAAGCUCCUGCGGGAUAUCUAUUUGCCCGAGAACUCGGACUGGCGCCGUGAUGUGAAAUUCUCCGCUGUCAGCAGCGACUUUGGUGACUAUCACCGGAUUUUGAAAGAGCAUGUACGCAAGGCGGAUGUCAUCUUCUGCUGCACGCCCUCUCUCACUCCUCUCUUUCCGGCUGAAUACCUCACUUCGCGUGAAGGUCGCCAGAAGGGCAGGCUUAUUGUAGCUGUUGGGUCGUACAAGGCUCACAUGGCGGAGAUUCACCCCGAUAUCCUUCGAGAUGAAGUAAAUGUGACUCCGCCUCACCGCCAUUACCACAAGCACACCCGCCGCAGUGGCGUUGUUGUUGUUGACAGUCUCGAUGCGGCUAUCAAGGAGGCUGGUGAGAUCGUCCAAGCAGGCAUCAAGCCACAGCAGUUGGUCGAGUUAGGCGAGCUGUUGAUGGUGCGCCAUGCCACUCUCCAGGAAGACGGUCAAAGUGAGGAUAAGGGUUUAGUUGAAUGGGUGGAGAAGGGCAACGUCAUCUUUAAAAGCGUUGGACUAGGCUUAAUGGAUUUGGUUACAGGCGGUGAUCUAGUUGCUUUGGCACGGGAGCGCAACUUGGGGACUACAGUGGACGACUUUUAA